AAAAAAGCUCACAGAAAGAACAGAGAGGGAGAACAACAACACACAGAAAAGAGAGAGAGGGAGUAUGUGUGUUUGUGUGUUGUUAGAGCCAGUGUAGCUACAGACAGCAGUAGAGUGUGAAGAGCAGGACGGCCAGAAGGUGACUGUGAACCUCUGCUUCAGGAUGAGAUCUUUGAAACAUCUCAAACCCCAAACCAAGAAGAAUGUGGAGGAGAAGACCCAGCGGCUGGUCAGAUGUUACUCUGAGGCUAUGCACCAGCAAAUGGAUGUGGGGACACAGACAGACCCUGUAGUGGUAUUGUCUCUGGCACAGGCUGCUGUACUGGGUCUCAUAUCCCAGAAUGAGGUCUUUGGUGCCACCAUUGCACCUAAUGGUUUCUACACUGGAGAUCCCAAAGAGUCACCUGCUCCACCUAGUGAGCGGAUGGACUAUGAGUAUGCGGAGCAGCUCAUUGGUGCUAACGGUGACUACUUAGGCGUGAAUCUCGGUGAGGACAACCACAUGCAUCCAAGUUGUGCUGAACGAAGGUGGCAGGGGCCAUCUGAGAAUGGCAAGACCCCCACAGGGCACCUAGAUGCAGGUUCACAUGUCAAAGGUGAGUCUGUAACCCCAGGGCUCCCAUCCUGCAACCACAUGAUGAACAGCAUGAUACCUAGAGAGAGCAUGCAGAUGAUGGAUCCCUCUGGCUACCGGGUUGCCCCCAAACCUCAUGCUAACAAUUGCUGUGCCACCUGCGUCCGGGAGAUCAAGAGCACACACCCACCAUCUGACCACCACACUCAUUCUCACCCUCACUCUCACCCACAUGCAGCUCAUGAGGUUCCCCCCCGCGACAGAAACCACACACAGGAGAAGGGAGGAGUUGACGAGGUCCCAGAGGAAGGGGAUGAUGGAAGGAUGGGGAAAGCCGGAGGUGGAGGGGAAGAGAUCAGCAGCUACUUCCAGGCUAGUGAGGUUGGCUAUGAGGGUGGUGAUAUGGACGGGGUAGGGGACUUUGAUGAGAGCAGCCAGGGCAUGUUUUGGGGUGAGCAUGUGGACGGGGAAGCACCGAGGGGGCGCCGUAUCGACCGUUUGGACAUCAACAUCCAGAUUAAUGAGUCAUAUUGCGUGGAUGUGGGUGAGGGCUUGAAGCGCUGGAAAUGCCGUAUGUGUGAAAAGUCUUACACCUCCAAGUACAACCUAGUUACACACAUACUAGGUCACAAUGGCAUCAAGCCACAUGCCUGUCCACAUUGUGGCAAGCUCUUCAAGCAGCCUAGCCACCUGCAGACACACCUCCUGACACACCAGGGCACUCGACCACACAAGUGCACUGUCUGCAAGAAGGGUUUUACCCAGACGAGCCACCUAAAACGGCACAUGCUACAACACUCAGACGUGAAGCCCUACAGUUGCCGCUUCUGCCGCCGCGGCUUUGCCUACCCCAGUGAGCUGCGAGCCCAUGAGGUCAAGCAUGAACGUGGCCGCUGCCAUGUCUGUUCGCAUUGUGCCAUGGAGUUCCCAACCUAUGCCCACCUCAAGCGUCACCAGGUCAGCCACCAAGGACCAGCUACUUUCCAGUGUGGCCAGUGCAGUAAGGCCUUUGCCUACCGCAGUCAGCUACAAAAUCACAUGCUGAAACACCAGACCCAGCGCACCUUUUCUUGCAGCCAGUGCGGCCUGCAGUUCCUGCAGCUACACCAACUCCGCCAACAUUCGCUCACGCACAAAGUGCUCAAGCCUCAGGCACGUGCCUCCAAGGGAAUGAAGGGAUUCAAGUGUGAUGUAUGUGCUCGAGAGUUCACAUUGUCUGCAAACUUGAAGAGACAUAUGCUGAUCCAUGCCAGUGUCCGGCCCUUCCAGUGUCACGUCUGCUUUAAGUCCUUUGUCCAAAAGCAGACCCUCAAAACCCACAUGAUCGUCCACCUUCCUGUGAAACCUUUCAAGUGCAAGGUCUGUGGGAAAUCAUUUAACCGAAUGUACAACCUCCUGGGUCACAUGCAUCUGCAUGCUGGCAGCAAACCCUUCAAGUGUGCAUACUGCUCUAGCCGAUUCAACCUGAAGGGCAACCUCAGCCGACACAUGAAGGUCAAACAUGGCAUGGAUGUCUCCCCCGAUGGACAAGAUGCUCCCCCAGAUCUGGAACCUCAUGAGGACUAUGAGGAGGAAAACUUCAACUUUGCCACUCCCGAACAUAUGGAUAAUAAUGAUGCUCCUAAUCUCACCAAGCUCUCUGGUGGCCAUCCAGGAGCUGGACUACUAUAACUUUGGAAAGGAUGUGUCUAGCUACAACACGCCCUGAACACUAUUUGAACUGGGCUCAAGUUGAAGUACUGUUGAUUAACAGAUGACCUGGGCUGGCUCUUAUCAAGAAGAGGCUGACUGAGUUGUUCCUCCAUGAGAAUGAAGACUUACAUUUUAGGAUUGAUGGGAAGGUGACUCACUCUCAUGGUGUAACUACUCUGCUCCUUUUUCAUAAAAACAGACUUUGCUAAGAGUCUCUUGAAAAGUUACAGAGUCUGAGUCUUUUUGAAAGUUCACCCGUGUACUUCAGUACGUUGUAGAUUAUUAUGACUACAUACAAAACAGACACUAGAUAAUCAACUGUAGAUGUGUUUAUAAACACUCACUCUGGCAAAACAUCUGUAAUUCGGCAGGAAGCAUGUUGCGGGUGUAUGCCACCUUGUGGCCUUCAUUUCUGCAGAACAUCCCAGCAUACUUAAGAAUCAGCCGAACUAAUCACUUAAAUUGCCACAACCAUCAGCAAACAUUAACAUUGCCUUCACUUAUAAAUGCUCAUAUAAAUGCACCAGAAGACUCUUAGGUGAUAAAAGUAAUAAUAAUGUACUGUAUAUAAAUAUAUACACACACUAGGCCAAUUGUCUGCUCAGCAGAGCAGUGUAGUAUGGUGUAUGAAUGGAAUUCUGUCUGAGUAUGUUGUAGUGAGUGUGGAUAUUUACAAACUUGGGAAUGGAUAUUUUGGCCCCCGUACCAAAGCUACUGCUCACUGUGUGGCACACAACUAUGUGCCACUCACCCUAAAGCUCCAUUAAUGUCUCCAGAACUUAACUUCCUCAGAAAUCUUUGGUUUAACAACCACAUAUUUUGUGAAGAAUAAUUGUUCCUUUAUAUUGAUUUCCUAUUUAUUUUGCACUUUUGAUGAAAAUAUCCUUUAAGAAAAACCUCAUUUCAUGACUGACAUUGCGAGCCCUGGUAAUUCCCUCUCGAAGGAAAUGGGUCUGUGUCACAACCUGUGUAUGCUGUUCCCUAAGGCAAAGUUGAAAGUGUGUAGGUUCUUUAAAUAAACCAUUUUUGAAGUGCAA